UGAAGCACAAGGGGGGCUCGGAGAGAGCAAUUGGUGAUUAAAGGUUGGAGACAGCAUUUGAACCGAGAGCUGCCUGGCUCCAAAGCAUCUCUCCCGACAUGAGGCUUUCUCCUGUCUUCAGGGAGGUGAAGCACUCAUGGUGCGAGGUGGGGUGGGCACCGACAGCUCCGAUGCCACCCGUGUAGGUCAGUAGCAGCCCGUGCCGCGGUCUAGGUGAACCGGCGGCAACGGGAGAGACCUGCUGAGAGAUCGGACGUCCGGGAAGAACAUGGCUGCUGUUCCUCUAAAUAAUCUACAAGAGCAGCUGGAGCGCCAUUCAGCCAGAAAACUUAAUAAUAAAUCAAGUCUUUCAAAACCAAAAUCUUGUGGCUUUACUUUUAAAAAGAAAACGUCUUCAGAUAACGAUGCCUCUAUAGCUAGCGUGUCGGUAUCAAAAACACCAGUGUUAAGUGAUAAAGAUGUGAAUGUGUCCGAGGUCUUUUCCUUCACUGAGCCUCCUCCCCACACCCCAAACAAGCAGACAAGGGUGAAUGGCUUCUUUAAAAAUGCUGCAUCGGGACAGCAAGGCCAAGGAACUGGUUCAAAACCAUUACUGCCAGGUUUGUUGCCAACUCCACAGGAAGCUUUGCCUACUACCCAAAACACGUCAGCUGUAAAGAAACCCUACGAUGCUGUUCUCAAGAAAUUGGAAUUUAGUUCUUCCCCAGAUUCUUUCUGCACUGUGAAUGAUUGGGACGACAUGGAUGACUUUGCUACUUCAGAAACUUCAAAAGUAUUUGCUACACCACCUAAAAAUCACCUCAUAAGAAUAAGCACUGCUCAGAAAUCAAAAAAGGCCAAGAGAAAUUUUUUUAAAGCACAACCUCAUAAAACGAAUACUGUAAAGGCAGAUGUGACUCUGUCUGAAAACGAGCCUAUGAUAGACUUGACUAAGGAAGAGAAAGCUGACUCGGAAUGGUUAAAAAGUAGUGUGAUUUGCAUCAGUGACGACUCUGUUCCCCAACCGCUUAUGAGUGAAGAAAGUCAGUCUUUGAAAAUUCAUUUGGGAGAUGAAAGAGAUAAUAAUGAAAAGCACAAUGAGGAAGAUGUUGUUGAACUACAUUCAAUUGAGAAGGCUACAUAUGUUGAGCUUAAUGAUGAUAUCGAUUUUGUCCCACCUUCUCCAGAAGAAGAAAGUAUUUCUGCCUCUUCUUCCUCUUUGAAAUGUUUUAGUACAUUAAAGGAUCUUGAUGCCUCUGACCGAGAAAAGGAUGUUCUUAGCACAUCAAAGGACUCUUUGUCAAAACCAGAGAAAAUGACUACGCGGGAGCCCAGUCCAGAAAUCAGUAUAGACUAUGAUGCCGGACCGAUCAGUUUGCAGCAGCAGCUUCUUCACGUGAUGGAGCACAUCUGUACAUUAGUGGAUACUAUUCCUCCUGAUGAGCUGAAAGCUUUGGAUUGUGGGGAUGAGCUGCUUCAGCAGCGGAACAGAAGAAGGAAACUCCUAGCUGAAGCAGAUUUCACUAGAAAUGAUGCCAAUCUUCUUGGUUCAGUGUGGACACACAGGCCUGAUACGCUCAGUAGCUUUGUGGAGGACAAUUCCUGCCCUGCAGGGAGUUCUGUUAAGGAGCUAAGUGUUCCACACCUUCCCUCAAAUUCUCUUCCCAACAGAGAGUGUUUACUGAACACCGCCCCAGGAAACACAGGAUUCUCAACCACCUCGAGUACUCCUUUUGAAAGACCUUUAUUCAGUUCUCAUUUACAGAAGUCCUUUGUCAGUAGCAACUGGGCUGAAACACCAAGGAUAGAAAAAAGAAACAAGAGCUCUUAUUUCCCAGAAAAUGUUCUCACAAGCACUGCUGUGAAAGAUCAGAAAAAACCUGCUGCUUCAGUAAAUGACUUAGAAAGAGAAAGCCAGGCAUCCCAUGAUGUUGAUAAUUUCGAUAUCGAUGACUUUGAUGAUGACGAUGACUGGGAAAACAUAAUGCAGGAUUUAACAGCCAGCAAAACUUGCACAACUGCCUGUCGGCCUGUCCAGAAAGGUGGGCCACUUAAGUCGGUAUCAGAGAAGAUUUCUUUAACCAAGACGCACUGUGUCCCAGGGGCUUCUGUUCCAUGCCACACUGACAAGUUGGCGCAAAAUUUAGCAUCCAGAAAUACAAAGCAGGAGCGCUUCCAAAGUCUUAGUUUUCCCCAUACAAAAGAAAUGAUGAAGAUUUUUCACAAAAAAUUUGGCCUGCAUAAUUUUAGAACUAAUCAGCUUGAGGCGAUCAAUGCUGCUCUGCUUGGUGAAGACUGUUUCAUCCUGAUGCCCACUGGAGGUGGCAAAAGUUUGUGUUACCAGCUGCCUGCCUGUGUUUCUCCUGGAGUCACUAUUGUCAUUUCUCCCUUGAGAUCACUAAUAGUAGACCAAGUCCAAAAGCUGACUUCAUUGGAUAUUCCAGCUACAUAUUUGACAGGUGAUAAGACUGACUCUGAAGCUGCAAGUAUUUACCUCCAACUAUCAAAAAAAGACCCAAUUAUAAAACUUCUGUAUGUUACUCCAGAGAAGGUCUGUGCAAGUAACCGGCUAAUUUCUACUCUGGAGAAUCUGUAUGAGAGGAGGCUUUUGGCACGUUUUGUUAUUGAUGAAGCACACUGUGUGAGCCAGUGGGGACAUGAUUUUCGCCAAGAUUACAAACGAAUGAAUAUGCUUCGCCAGAAGUUCCCUUCUGUUCCUGUGAUGGCUCUCACCGCCACUGCCAACCCCAGGGUGCAGGCGGACAUCCUCACUCAGCUGAAGAUCCUCAGACCACAGGUGUUUAGCAUGAGCUUUAACAGACAUAAUCUGAAAUACUACGUAUUACCGAAAAAGCCUAAAAAGGUGGCAUUUGAUUGCUUAGAAUGGAUCAGAAAGCAUCACCCAUAUGAUUCAGGGAUCAUUUACUGCCUGUCCAGGCGGGAGUGUGACACGAUGGCAGACACACUGCAGAAGGAUGGGCUCGCUGCUCUGGCUUACCACGCUGGGCUCAGUGACGCUGCCAGAGACGAGGUACAGCACAAGUGGAUCAACCAGGACGGCUGCCAGGUUAUCUGUGCGACAAUUGCAUUUGGAAUGGGGAUUGACAAACCCGAUGUGCGAUUUGUGAUUCACGCCUCUCUCCCUAAAUCCGUGGAGGGUUACUACCAAGAGUCCGGCAGAGCCGGGAGAGAUGGAGAAAUCUCCCACUGCGUGCUUUUCUAUACUUACCAUGAUGUGACCAGACUGAAGAGACUGAUAAUGAUGGAGAAAGAUGGGAACCAUCAUACAAAAGAAACUCACUUCAAUAAUUUAUAUAGCAUGGUACAUUACUGUGAAAAUAUAACAGAAUGCAGAAGAAUACAGCUUUUGGCUUACUUUGGUGAAAAUGGAUUUAACCCCGAGUUUUGUAGGAAACACCCUGAUGUUUCUUGUGAUAAUUGCUGUAAAACAAAGGAUUACAAGACAAGAGAUGUGACUGGUGAUGUGAAAAAUAUUGUAAGAUUUGUUCAAGAACAUAGCUCAUUGCAAGGAACAAGAAAUGUAAAGCAUGUGAGUCCCUCUGGAAGAUUUACUAUGAACAUGCUGGUCGACAUUUUCUUGGGGAGUAAGAGUGCCAAAGUUCAGUCAGGUAUAUUUGGAAAGGGAUCUGCUUAUUCACGACACAAUGCUGAAAGACUUUUUAAAAAGCUAAUACUUGACAAGAUUUUGGAUGAAGACCUGUAUAUCAAUGCCAAUGACCAACCAAUUGCCUAUAUCAUGCUGGGAACUAAAGCCCAAUCAGUACUAAAUGGGCAUUUAAAGGUAGACUUUAUGGAAACAGAAAAUUCCAGCAGCAUGAAAAAACAAAAAGCUUUAGAGGCAAAAGUAUCUCAGAGAGAAGAGAUGGUUAAGAAAUGCCUUGGAGAACUUACAGAGGUCUGCAAAUCUCUGGGGAAGGUUUUUGGUGUCCAUUACUUCAAUAUCUUUAACACUGCCACACUCAAGAAGCUCGCAGAAUCUUUAUCGUCUGAUCCUGAGGUUUUGCUUCAAAUUGAUGGUGUUACUGAAGACAAGCUGGAAAAGUAUGGUGCAGAAGUGAUUCCAGUGCUACAGAAAUACUCUCAGUGGACACUGCCAGCCGAGGAAGCUUCCCCAGGGACCAGCCUGUCGGGCAACAGAGGCACGGGGAGGAAUGCCCCUGAGGAGCUGGAGGAGGAAAUGCCUGUGUCUUCCCACUACUUCACAAAUAGAACCAGAAAUGAAAGAAAGAGGAAGAAGAUGUCAGCCUCCCAGAGGCCCAAGAGGAGAAAAACUAGUUUCGGUGGCUUCAAAGCGAGGGGGGGAUCUACCACAUGCAGAAGGAUGUCUUCUAAAAGUAAAUCCUCUGACACAAAUGGAUCCAGCUCAGCCUUGCAUAGCUCUCAAGCAACAUCAGGAGCCAGUAGAAAAUUGGGGAUUAUGGCACCACCAAAGCCUAUAAAUAGACCGUUUCUCAGGCCUUCGUAUGCAUUUUCAUAACAACCCAAUCGCAGUGUGCGUAGAUCUCUGUUGUCUGUCAGCGUCAGACCAUCUGUGACUAUAGAGCUGUUAGUCUUGUUACACCAUUUGAAAUUUUCACUCAUAUCUAUUAACAUUUAAAUAAAUGCUUGGGGUGCUAGUUUUUAUUUUUCAAAUAAACAAUUUCUUUUGAAUGGCA